AUGAACGACCCCGAGGCUGAAGUUGACCGCCCCAAGCGAAGCCGCGGCAUCAAGCCCGAGAAGCUCGAAGAUGUCGACCUGUCCAAGGUUAUCACCGUAUUCUACUACAACAAGCGAGGCUCCAAUGAGAUUCUCCGUCAGAAUUUCCCCCGAGAAGGUGUCAUCAUGUUCUGCGACAAGUUUCGACAGCUCCUCAUCCACGACCCUGCUCAGAAAGCCAUCUAUCUCCCACGCAUCGACCCUCGCCCAUAUGGUGCCGUCUUCGAUUGGAUACAGCAGUGUCUUCGUGGACACGCCAUUGCUGAUUUCGAGACCUAUGAUGAGGACGAGCCUGGCGUCUACACUCGCUACGCCGAUAUCAUUGAGGCUGCCGAAUUCCUUGAGCUCCCUGCUCGUGACAUCACCGAGAAGGUCAUGAAGCGUCUCAACAACAUGGCUAGAAUGCAGCGCGAAAAGCCCCGCCGCGUCACCCUCGACGAGCUUGAGGACUUCUACGAAAACCGCCCUGAUGAGCUCCGCAAGCUUGCGUCUUCGACGAUCUUCUACUGUUGGUGGUACGAGGAAGUCGAUGCCCCUCGAUUCACUCCUGACGAGAUGUGCGAAUUGAGUGCCCUUCGCCAGGACUACCCGGCCCUGGAUAAAGAUCUUCAUGAGCACGUUGACGAGCACGACAAGUUCCUCGAUACCAAGCGCAAGAAGCGUGAGGCUGAGAGAAUGGGUGUGACUGACGACGGCUCUGGCGAGAGUGGCUACGCUUCUGGCACUACUGGUGGUGGCUGGGAAGGAUGCGACACUAGUGCUUCAGUCUCCGGUGGCAAUGUCUGGGAUGCUGGUGGUGACGGAUGGGCGGCGGGUGGUGGUGAAGAUGCGAACAAGGAGAACACCAGUCCAGCCAAUCAGUCCUCCUGGGAGCAGGAUUUCGGUAACGACAAGAGCGGUUAUGACUGGGCUGAUGAGGUCAACGACGAAGCUCAACCCGUUGCUGCGUGGUGA